CUCGCGCCAGGCGGGCGGGCGGGCUAGCGGCACCGCAGUCGUGGCGGCCAUUUUGUGGCGCUGCUCAGUCGGCGGUGCUGGGCUGCACUCGGGCACCGGAGCUGGCUUGAAGAAUUCGAGUCUUUUCGCGCACGAAGCCUCCGGGGAAUAAAAGCAGCGGCUUAUAACAAAAUGAGAAAACAUCCACCAAACAGAAGAGGUAUCAGCUUUGAAGUGGGAGCCCAGUUGGAAGCCCGAGACAGAUUAAAAAACUGGUAUCCAGCUCAUAUUGAAGAAAUUGAUUAUGAAGAAGGAAAAGUGCUUAUCCAUUUUAAACGUUGGAAUCAUCGUUACGAUGAAUGGUUUUGCUGGGACAGUCCUUAUUUACGUCCCUUAGAAAAAAUACAGUUGAGGAAGGAAGGAUUACAUGAGGAUGAAGGAUCUUCUGGAUUUCAUGUAAAUGAUCAGGUGUUGGCUUGCUGGUCGGACUGUCGCUUUUAUCCAGCCAAAGUUACUUCUGUUAACAAGGAUGGUACUUACACUGUUAAAUUUUAUGAUGGUGUUGUUCAGACAGUCAAGAAUAUACAUGUCAAGGCUUUUUCCAAAGAUCAGUCUAUUGUGAGUAACCCUAGACCUAAGGAAAGAGGUAAUGAAAUCCAUUCAUCUCCUGAAAGACGGGAAAAGUUUAAAGAACAGAGGAAAGAUUCCGAGGAUAAUAAGAAAGAGAAGGAUGAAAAAGUAUUAAAGAUUGAACGAAGAUCUAAAGCUGAUAAAGAAGGAAAGCAAGUGGUACCUUUAGAAAAAAGUAAGAUAGCUGAGAAAGCUCUGACUAAGGAUGGGAAAGAAGACAAAGAGAAUAUAUCUGAAAAUGAUAGAGAAUUCUCAAUAGAUACUCAGAUUGAAAAAAAACCUGAAAAUGAUAAUGUGAAGACCCCACCAGAAAACCUCAAAGAAACUAAAAGACGACGCGGUAGACCACCUGUGGUGCCUCCAGCAGAGCAAGGCUCUCAAACCUUACAGCCAAUAACUUUAGAAUUGAGAAGGCGGAAAAUACCUAAAGGUGGAGAGGUCCCUUCAAAACGUCCCCGGCUUCAGAAGAACAUGUCACAAGAAAAGCUGAAAAGUUCUCCAGAUAAUGAAAAAGAUUCAAUAAAGAGACAAUCAAGACAUUCUACAAAUAGUAAUAAUGAAACUUUAGACAGUGAUACUAUCACACCACUACUGGAUGAAAUGGGACCUUUAAAAGAACCAGACUAUAGUCCAAAAGAAGUGAACGAAGGUUUGUCAGAGGCAUGUGUUGAAUCUGACCAAAAGAUCAAUGAGGAGUUACCUCCCUCUUCAGAAGAAGUACCUCAGGCAUUAGUAGAUGACACCAGUUUAAAGGAAAAGAAUGUAACUGAGUCUUCUACAUCUGAAUUGCAAGAGAUUUCACAGACGUCUGUUUCAGUAACCAGUGCUUCUAAGAAAUUGAAUGAUUAUACUGCUUCAAAAGCUGUAAUUGAACAUGAACCCAAGUUUAAAUGCAAGUUCUUAGACUGUUCCAAAUCAUUUCGGAAAGCCAAACUGCUACAUUAUCAUAUGAAGUACUUCCAUGGGAUUGAAAAAUCACCAGAACCACAGCAGAGUCCACCAACAAGAAAUAUACAAACAAGAGGUUCCUUAGCUUCUGAGAAGGCCAAUCAAGAAAGUUCUAACAGAAGGCGGACCACAUCUGGUUGCUUGUCUACUAAAGAAAAGGAGAAGAAUAAAGAGAAGAAGCCCAGAGACAUUGUAAAAUCAAAAUCAAAGAAGAAGAAAAAGAAGAAGAAGAAAACUAAAUCAGAACAAUCGGGGAGUGAAGAAAACAUUGACUUUUCCCAAGACCUUUCUCCACCAAGAUCUGUCAUUACAACAAGAUACAAUUCCACAAACCGCUCUUGUGCCCACUUGAGUACUCAACUACAUAGCUCUGAUUCAGGACACCGUAAACAUAAAUCAAAAGUAAAUGAGGAUGAUACCUUGAGCGAAUCAUCUGCAGAUAGUUUGCUUUGGAGCGAUGAUGACUGCAGUCGGGACAUUGAUGUAACAACUAAUCCUGAUGAGGAUCUUGUAGAUGAUGAUAAUGACUUUGAAAUUGUUCGAUGCAUUUGUGAAGUGGAGGAAGAAAAUGACUUUAUGAUUCAGUGUGAAGAAUGUCUCUGUUGGCAGCAUGGAGUCUGUAUGGGUUUAUUAGAAGAGAAUGUACCUGAGAAAUAUACCUGCUAUAUUUGUCAAGAUCCUCCAGGUACAAAGAUUUCUAAGGUUGCAGAGUCUUCCAAUAGUAAACGAUCCAGUUUGAAGUACUGGUAUGAGAAGGACUGGCUAUGCAGUGGUCACAUGCAUGGCUUAACAUUUUUGGGAGAAAAUUAUUCCCACCAGAAUGCUAAGAAAAUAGUAGCUACACACCAGCUUCUUGGCGAUGUGCAAAAAGUGAUAGAUGUACUUCAUGGGCUUCAGCUGAAGAUGAGCAUUUUGCAAAGCAAAGAACAUCCUGACUUGAAACUCUGGUGUCAGCCUUGGAAGCAUUUUGAAGUAGAAGAGAAAUCACAUGUUGCACGACUAAUUCAUGUUGAAGAAAAUUGUUGCAAAGAGGAAACUACAAGUUAUAGAACUUUUAAUGGAACCAGUGAGAAACCUUCUACUAUUCCUUCUAUAGAGGAAUCAUAUAUUACUAGUGAACACUGUUACCAAAAACCUCGAGCUUACUAUCCUGCCAUAGAACAGAGACUUGUUGUGGAAACCAGAAAUUCAGACAUAGAUGACGGUGUCAAUAGGAUAGGAGAGAAUGGAGAUGAUACUAUAGUGGAGAGAUUAGGAUGGGAACUGGAUAGAGAAAUAUGCAAGCUGGAGAAUGAAUCAAAACAUAACUAUUCUAAGGUAAGAGAAAAAGUUACAGCAGAGGAAGAUAUUGAAGUGAAACUACUGGAAAAAGACAAGGAGGGAGUUGUGAAUUCUCAGCUGCAGUGGCAGCUUAACCUUUUAGCCCACGUUGAGUCCCUGCAAGAUGAAGUUACACAUAGGAUGGAUUUAAUUGAGAAGGAGUUGGAUGUUUUGGAGAGCUGGUUGGAUUAUACUGGAGAACUGGAACCACCAGAACCACUUGCUAGACUCCCCCAACUGAAACAUUGCAUAAAACAGCUACUCACAGACUUGGGCAAAGUACAACAAAUAGCACUUUGCUGUUCAACAUGAUACUGGAAAUUUCUACAUGAUGGAUGGAGCAUUUGAUCACUCUGUUUAAGUGGAAUAGCAUGCUUUUUGCAUGUGAUGCAGAACUGACAUCAGGGAAUUACUUAGGGACAAGGGUAGCUCUUCAGAAAAGUAACGAGAAGCCCCUUUUGUUCAUUUGGCUUUUGCUAGGCAUUUUUAACAUUAAAAAAGGGAUUUGUUCUUGUCUUCAAAGGCUAGGAGCAGAUUGCAAUAGAUUUUUCACUCCUUGCAUCAAGUUGUUGAAUUAACAUUAAUGUUUGUUGCUUACUUAUACACUGACAAAAUUGUGCCACUGGAGAACAGAGUUCAAAGAGCCAAAAUGAUUAGUUGACCAAGGCUGUAAACUACAUUCUGCUGAGUUUAUUUAAGUGACUAGUGCACAAGGUACAGUCACACUUUAUUCUAAUGGUUUAUGCAUAACCACAGUAUUUAAUCUAUAGAGGAUAUUAUUUCAAGCCUAGCAAGUAUGAAUGUCUAAUUUUAUUAAACUGUUACAAGAGGUUUGCAGAUAAUGACCUGAAACGUAUCUACUAUUUUAAGUAGAUAUUGUAGAAGGCCAGAACUGGGUUGCACUUCUUUUCCUAGUAAAUGACUGUUUUCCAUAUUUAUCAUGUCAUUGUAGCAUGACUUUUAUGGUACUGGGAAACCCAUUUAUGUUGUACUUCUGUGCAUUCUUGAAUUUCUAAGUCUGACCAUGCUGUGCCUCCCAUGAUGUAGUGCUGAUGAGACAUCCUUAUGGCAGGGUGCAGAACAGUCAGAGAUAAAUGUGUACUACAAGUUCAGAUUUAGCCAUGGUCUACGAUAGACACAAUGUAGGUUUCUACCUGCUGUUAAUAUUGCCAUUCCGGUUAUAGUUUGAAUUGUAGUCUUUUUGAAUAUUAUAAACUUCCUCAUUGUAGAGACUUGUAAAUGUGUGGUUUUGGGAAUCAGUUUGUUUUAUAUUUGUGUAAAUGAAAAGCCUCAAGAUCUAUGCAUGAGGUACUGUUCCAAAAAGCAAUGGGACAUUAUAUUAAACAGUAUGUUUUCAAAAUCCCUUUUUGUACAUUUAUUUUUAAUUUCCUUGUGUUAUUUGUGAGAUCGAAGUGAGAAUGCUGAACAUUGAAACUGCAUUAUACAGUACCUGUAUAUUGUUAAGUAUUUGAUAUGUUUAAAGAAUAUGUCCACAGAUUGUUUUUCCAUAAUUAUUUUUCCUUAUUUUUCCUUUUUAUUAGACAUGUGGAACAAAGGCAACUUUUUUGAGGGGAAAGGAGUGGGCUAUUUUUGCAUUGAGGGUGUUCUGAAUGUUGAUUUUUUAUUACCUUGAUAUCAGAGUUCUGUUUUUGACACCACCAAAGUUUCAAAUUAAAGCACAUUUGUGAAAUGAA